CAAGCCUCCCUUUUCUUAGGUAUAGCAAACCCUAGCACAGUAGCUUACACAGUAGUGGUCUUGCUCUCCCUUGUCUUGCAAGUGAAGAGAAGGCCAAGAAGGCCAAUUUUAUUUUAUUUUUAGCUGAUUUCGAAUUUAAGGUGGGGUAAAGCGCGUGAAGGAAUCUGAGAGCAAGUGAGCAGCAUGAGUUAACUAUAAAAGAAAUGAUAGCAGUAGCAAAGGGUAGGCUAUUUUUGUAUGGAAAUUCUCUGAGUCUCUCAUGCCCAAUUCUGAGAAAUCUGAGCUUCUCAUCCCUCUCAUUCUCUAUCUUAUAUUUCAGUCUUGUAUCGUUAUUUUCCUUGUUUCAUUAGAGUCAGUUGUAAUUCAUCAAAUAGUUGGAGGGCAAUGUUGAGCCUAAACAACACUCUCCCAACUAAUUCUAUCCAUCAAAAAAUCUGUGUUGUUUCUGCAAAUUUUUCUCAAAAGAGGGUCCUUUUUCGUACCGUGAUUAAAAAUCAGAGUGAUUUGUUUUCACCAUUGCAACAACAAGCUCAGAAUAUCUCUCCUAUAUGUAGAGCUUCAUUGGAAUUUCUACAUAACUCACCCAGUCGUUCAGCCGUCCAUGGACUAUCAGAAACGGUUGUGGGUGUUUUGGGAGGAGGGCAGUUGGGUCGUAUGCUGUGUGAAGCAGCAUCCCAAAUGGCAAUCAAAGUGAUUGUCUUGGACCCAACGGAGAAUUGUCCGGCUAGUGCACUAGCACAUCAACAUGUGGUGGGAAGCUAUGAUGAUAGUGCCACAGUUGAAGAAUUUGGGAAAAGCAGGUGUGGAGUGCUAACUGUUGAGAUUGAGCAUGUUGAUGUUGCCACACUUGAGAAGCUUGAGCAACAAGGUGUGGAUUGCCAACCCAAGGCUUCGACUAUUCGCAUAAUACAGGAUAAAUAUCUUCAGAAGGUCCACUUUUCUCGUCACGGUAUCCCACUUCCUAAGUUUAUGCAGAUUGAUAACCUUGAAAGUGCUAGACGAGCAGGGGACCUGUUUGGUUAUCCUCUUAUGAUAAAGAGCAGGAGGUUGGCAUAUGAUGGGCGUGGCAAUGCUGUUGCGAAAAGUGAGGAGCAGCUCUCCUCUGCUGUUAAUGCACUUGGAGGAUAUGAUCGUGGUUUAUAUGUUGAGAAAUGGGCUCCAUUUGUGAAGGAGCUCUCUGUGAUUGUGGCUAGGGGAAGGGAUAAUUCAAUUGCAUGCUACCCUGCUGUAGAAACUAUUCACAGGGACAACAUUUGUCAUAUCGUAAAGUCACCUGCUAAUGUAUCUUGGAAGAUUAUGAAGCUUGCAACAGAUGUUGCACACAGAGCUGUUAGUUCAUUAGAAGGUGCAGGAGUCUUCGCUGUUGAGUUGUUUCUGACAGAGGAUGGUCAGAUUUUACUAAAUGAAGUAGCUCCAAGACCUCAUAAUAGUGGGCAUCAUACCAUUGAGGCUUGCUUCACUUCACAAUAUGAGCAGCAUUUGCGGGCUGUCGUUGGCCUUCCACUUGGUGAUCCAUCAAUGAAAACUCCUGCUGCAGUCAUGUAUAACAUAUUGGGGGAAGACGAUGGAGAACCUGGAUUUCUUUUGGCUAAUCAACUUAUUGGAAGGGCAUUGGGAAUUCCAGGGGCGUCUAUUCAUUGGUAUGACAAGCCAGAGAUGCGAAGGCAACGCAAGAUGGGACACAUCACAAUAGUUGGCCCUUCUAUGGGCAUUGUGGAAGCACAGCUAAGAGUGAUGCUAAAUGAAGACAGUGUUAAUGGCCAGCCUGCUGUUGCACCACUUGUUGGAAUCAUAAUGGGAUCUGAUUCAGAUCUGCCUGUUAUGAAGGAUGCUGCCAAGAUUCUAAAUGAGUUUGAUGUGCCUGCUGAAGUAAAAAUUGUUUCAGCCCACCGUACACCUGGGAUGAUGUUUUCUUAUGCUUUGUCUGCGCGAGAACGUGGUAUCCAAGUAAUAAUUGCUGGGGCUGGUGGUGCCGCCCACUUACCUGGAAUGGUUGCUGCAUUGACUCCACUACCUGUUAUUGGUGUUCCAGUACGGGCUUCCACAUUAGAUGGACUUGAUUCCCUAUUGUCCAUUGUUCAGAUGCCAAGAGGGGUCCCAGUUGCAACCGUUGCAAUCAACAACGCCACAAAUGCAGGUCUGCUGGCCGUAAGAUUGUUAGGGAUCAGCGACAUAAAGUUGCAAGCUAGGAUGGCCCAGUAUCAAGAGGACAGGAGAGAUGAGGUAUUGGUAAAAGGGGAGAGACUAGAAAAAGUUGGCUAUGAAGAGUAUCUGAACUCUUAAAAACUAUUUCAGCACCGGCUGUUUCUAACAUUCACUAAAUUGUAGUAGCACAGUGUUACCUGCAUUGUACAAUAGUCAAAUAUAUUAGAUAGCAUGAGCUGCACAAGCACUGGUCAGCAGCAAGUUUUAUUGGUGCUGUUUCGGGAGCAAAUGCAUUUUGAGGCAGAUGAAGGAAAAGCCAUGAUACAAGAUUUUACUUUGAACAAGCUUUCUACUUGGAAUUUUGUUUAAAAUCUGUUGUUGUUUUGUUCUAGUCAGGUCUCAAAGACUUGAGUGUUCAAAACUAAACUUCUGUCCUGUUCUAUAGACCAUUUUAGUCUCCUUUCAAAUUUGAAAGUAUGACAAUUACCAUUUCUGGUGUAUAUGAUUUCAAGAAUAUUGAGUUUUU